AUGAACUCUUUCAAAGUUAGCUUUAAUAAAUCUUUUCAUAAUAAGAGAAAUGCAAAUUCUCUUUCAUCAAGUAAAUUCAAUAUUAACACUUUAAAUAGAGUUCCUUCAACUUCACAAACAACCAGCACUUUAACUGAAUUUAAUGGUAUGCACUCCUCAGGAAUUAAAACUACUAACGAAAUUUCAAGCAAUGAAGAAAUUCUUUUGGAACCAUAUAAUUAUUUAUUAUCUCAUCCUGGUAAAGAGAUCAGAACUAAAAUGAUAGAAGCUUUUGACUAUUGGUUUAAAGUUCCAAAAGAUCGACUAAAUGUCAUAACUAAAGUAAUUGAAAUGUUACAUAACGCUUCUUUGUUGAUUGAUGACGUUGAAGAUAGUUCUACUUUAAGACGAGGAGUUCCUGUUGCGCAUCACAUUUAUGGAGUUCCUGCAACUAUUAAUUGUGCCAAUUAUGUCUACUUUAUGGCUUUAAGUGAGUUGGCCAAAUUAAAUAACCCUAAAAUGUUCAAUAUCUAUACCGAGGAGUUAUUAAAUUUACAUCGUGGUCAAGGAAUGGAGUUGUAUUGGAGAGAUACAUCAACUUGUCCAUCCGAAAAAGAAUUCAUUGAAAUGGUCUCAGACAAAACCGGAGGAUUGUUGCGUCUUGCUGUUAAACUUAUGCAAGAAGCUAGUUCUUCAAAUGAAGAUUAUAUUGAAUUAGUUAACCUCGUUGGAAUUCAUUUUCAAGUCCGCGACGAUUAUAUGAACAUGCAAUCUCAAAAGUAUGCUGAUAAUAAAGGAUUUUGUGAAGAUUUGACUGAAGGAAAAUUCUCUUUCCCAAUUAUACAUUCAAUUCACGCCUCUGAGAAUUCUAAUCGUCAAUUAAUCUAUAUUUUGAAACAACAUACGACGUCAAUUGAUUUAAAGCAUUUUGCGGUAAAAAUCAUGCAAGAUACAGGUUCAUUUGAGUAUACAAAAAAUUAUUUAUCUAAAACCGAAGAAAAAGCGAGAAGUGAAUUAAAGAGAUUAGGUGGUUCAACUGCUAGAAUGGCGGCCCAACGAUUAAAUUUUGAAUAUAUAGAUUCAGGGGCCAUGUAUCGAGCGGUGACGCUAGCAGCACUUCGUCAAAACUUAUCACCAACCUCACUUGAAGAUGUUUCAAAAAUAGCGCAAUUAGCUGCUACUUCUCAUAUUCAUCUUCAUACAACGUCUGAACCACCUCCCUUACCACUCACUCAUUCUAUGCCUUCCUCUUCAUCAUUACCGCAAACAUUAGUUUACCUAAAUGGAGAAGACGUAACAGAUGAAAUUAGAUCACUGGAGGUAACGAACAACGUAUCUGGCAUAGCAUCAAAUCCGGAUGUUCGGAAUGUGUUAGUAGAGAAGCAACGCGCUUUAGCUAGUGGAAUAUACGACGAAGCUCACACCACUUCAUCUAUUACACCUUUAAUAAGGAAAUCGCCGAAAGGAACUGUAAUGGAUGGUAGGGAUGUUGGCACCGUAAUUCUUCCAAAUGCCGACCUAAAGAUUUUUGUAACAGCCUCAGCAAAAGUUCGUGCAACUCGUCGCUUUAAAGAACUUCAACAGCAAUCUUAUUCCAAGAGAAUUUCGCAAAUAAUAGAUUUUAAUAAAGUAUUGGAAGAUUUGGAAAAAAGAGAUAAGAGUGAUUAUGAAAGAAAAAUAUCUCCUUUAAAAAAAGCCGAUGACGCUAUAUUCUUAGAUUCUAGUGAUAUGAGUGUUACGGAACAAGUUGAUAAGAUUGUUGAAUUAGUUCUAAAAAGGGCUAAAGAAAAGAAUAUUGAUAUUGAUUUGUAA